AAAAAAGAAAGCAAGGAGCAUGUGGGGUUACUAGACAUUAGACAAGUCUUCACUGAAAACCAGGAACCAAAAGAAUUGAUAAUCAUAUUCAUACCUUUCUUUCUUUCUUUGUAUUCUGUAUACUAUAGACUAUAGUGUACACAAUGUGCAGUCUUACACGUGUAAACACCUAUCUUUUCUUCACUCUCUGGCCAUUUAUAGAAGAUACCAAUUUCACAUCAGUUACAUUACUCUUUGCUGUCUGGUGUGACUGUUGAAGUUAACUUUGUCCAUUUUCUUUCCUUUUUCUAGCUACACUUUCUUCCCCUUCCAACUUCCUUUUUUUGUCCUUGAAUGUAAGUUUCAUCAGAGUGGCAAAGAAAACCAAAUCUCAUGGUAAUGGGUGAUACUAGUGAUGAUAGCAUGUAUCCAAUGUAUUUUGGUGUUUCUUGUGCUUUUUUUGCACUCCAAGUGCUUAGAAAAAAACCACAUGUUGAAGUUGAAAAUUUGUCUAAAAUUGUUGAAACAAUGCUUCAAGGAAGUGCACAGCUUUUAGGGUUGAUUGUGUGGAAAGUUCAAAAAAGAGUGCCAAAUGAUGGGGAAAACCUUAUUAUUAAAUUGAAAAGUGCUGAGAUAGAAAUUAAGAAUCUUAAAAAGAUGAGACAUGAAGAUGCAAAAGCAAAUGAGAAAGUGGUUGGAAUCUUUGCAACACAAGAGCAAAGUUGGUUUAGUGAAAGGAGAAAACUUAGACAGCAGAUUGGUGCUUUACUGAAUGAGUUAAGAGUUUUUGAGAAGAAAAAGGGUUCAGAAGUUUCUGAAUUGAAUCAAAAAUUGAAGGAAAUGGAGAGUUUGGUUGAGUCAAAAGACAAGAAGAUUGAAGAAGAGGAUAAGAAAAGAAAGGAGUUUGAAGAAAAGGUAAAAAAAGCUGAAAAGGAUGCAGAAGAAUUGAGAGAGUCUAUUAGGCAUGAAGCUCAAGAACAUUCUUCUGAUCUUAGGAAACACAAAACAGCUUUCAUUGAGCUUGUUUCAAACCAAAGGCACCUUGAAGCUGAACUUGGUCGUGCUGUUAAGCAUUUGGAAGCAACAAAACAGGAACUUGUUUCUGUGAUGGAGAACAAGGAGGAAUCUGAUUUGAUGGCACAGAAAUUAACUUUGGAGAUUGGUAAAUUUCACAAGGACUUGGAACAAAAAGAUAAGAUUUUGUCAGCAAUGUUGAGAAAAUCUAAACUUGAUAGUGCUGAAAAGCAAAUGCUGUUGAAAGAGGUUAAGUUAUCAAAGGCUAGGAGGAAGCAAGCUGAGCAAGAAACAGAAAAGUGGAGGGUUGCUUCAGAAGGAAAACAUGAUAGACAUUCCCUUAAAACCAUGUUGCUGAAUUUGAGUUCAAGGAUGGAUGUUUUUCCUAGUGGAAGAGGUAUGCAGCAUAAUUCUUCAACAGGCUCCUCACAUAUUUCAAAUGAACAAGAACAAUUUUCACCCUUUUCUGAUCACUACUUGCCACAAAGAAAUGAAGAAUCGUCCAUUCCUGCCAAUGCUAAGCGUUUGGAAGAUUGGAUGAGAGGUGAAACAGAAAGAUACGCAACCUUAAUUGAACAGAGGCAUCACAUAGAGUUAGAUGCUUUUGUAGAACAAAUGAGGAUCAAAGAUGAGAAGUUAGAGGCAUUUAGGUGGCAGUUGUUGAGAACAGAUUUAGAAUCAAAGCAGCUUCAGUCACACUUGGAGGGAUUGGUGAAGGAUGUGACACAGCUGAGACAUGACAAGAUGAAAUUGGAGAGUUUAUUGUUGGAAAGAGAGGAUGAACUAAAUUCCCUAAAAGACCAAUUUGCAUCAAAAUUAAGGCCUUUAAACUUCUUUAGAAACAACUCUAAUUUGUCUCCACAAUCUUCAUCAGAACUAACUCAAGAUGCUGUUUGGUCUAAAGUCAAGAUUGUGAAGAGAAAACCAGGUGAAAAACAGCUAGAAAUGGUGGAAACUUUGAUUGAGGAAGAUUGCAAAAAGGAGGCGGUGCAGCCCUUGCACCAUGAUCAGUUUGACAAUACUAAUUCACAAGUUCAAUCUCCAGAAAAUAAGUUUGAAGAAGAAAAACAUGUUUGUAAGGAGGAUAGUCCUACAUCUGUGCAGUAUCAAAGUCCAAAACACAUUGAAAUUGAUUCUGCUGAAAAGAUAGGAUCAUCAACCAGCCUGCCCUUUAAUGAUGCAAAGCAAUUCCAAUGGAAGAUGGAUCUUCAUGCUCUUGGAGUAUCUUACAAGAUCAAGAGGCUUAAGCAGCAACUGACUCUUGUUGAAAAGUUGACAGGAAGGCAAACCAACAAUGAACAUGAAGAAAUGAGUGAAGAUAGCAAAGUUGGUAUGGAGGCUUACUUUUCCUUGACUGCUUUGCUGAAUAAACAAAUUGGAAGAUAUCAAUCCCUCCAAGAAAAGACUGACGAUCUUUGCAAACGAAUGCAAGAGAACGACUUCUACGCGAACCGUGUAGAAAUGAAUGGUGCAAGAAAAAAGGAGAAAACAUCAACACUAGAGCACUUCUUGGAGGAAACAUUUCAAUUACAAAGAUACAUAGUUGCAACAGGACAAAAAAUGAUGGAAAUUCAGUCCAAGAUUGUUUCUGGGUUUGUUGGAGUGGCAGAAGAGAUGGAAAAAAGUGCUUCUGGCAUUGACAUGAAGCGAUUUUCUGAAAGUAUAAGGAAUUUGUUCCAUGAAGUUCAAAGAGGUCUAGAAGUUAGGACAUCUAGAAUUAUUGGUGACCUUGAGGGGACAUUGGCUCGUGAAGGAAUGAUAUGUUUUAGAAGGUAGCAAUAAUGGACCUUAUAUAAAGAGAUCACAUAAAAUGACCUUUCUUUAACUGUUUAUUUGUCUAUACUCUAUAGUCUAUAUAUAGUAUACUUGUUACUGCAGUUAAAUAACAUCAAUUUGUAUAUGGAAGUUACACAUAAUCAAGUUUUAUUUUUGUGUCAUGACUCAUGACUUUGAAAAUGUGACAAUGCUCAUGCAAUUUGUCUA